CGCAGUCAGCGGGUUUCGCGUUCUGUUAUUGUGUUCUUCUGCGGCUUCCGUAGUUCGCUACACACUGAGAGCGCUUUGUGUGCUGCAGUGACAGAAUAUCUCGUAUAAUUUAGUUACGGUGCAUCAUUAUAGACUGGAUGUUGUGUGUUCGGAAUGGCUAACGACAGGCUGAGGGCGUUAGAAGAUGUGGAGAAAGAGAUAGCUUUAGUGUUGCAGAGCGCAGUCUGUCUUUCAGGAACGAUCGUGCUGGAGCUUUCUAAAGAAAAGGCCAAUGCCAGUUUAUUAGACCGACAGCUAAACCAGUUCCAGACCUCCAUAAACAGAGUUGAGAGUGAACUGAGUGCACAGAUCCGCUACCUGACACAGGUGGCAACAGGUCAGCCUCAUGAGGGAUCGACAUACUCGGCCAGAAAGGACUGUCAGAUGGCCCUAAACCGUGCAGAAUAUGCCCGUGUCAAAUUGGGAGAGCUGGGACACACCUGCGAGACAAUGCUUGAUCCGCAGACAUAAGGACAUAUUAAAUGGACUGUUGCAUUGUAAUAGCUGCCAGCUGACUUUAUAAGUAUCUACAUGCAUUAGAACCUUUCUGAAUACCAUCCACAAGCCAACAACGCUUUUUGUUCUUCAUAAUCUAAAGUAAUUUUGUUUGACAAACUCAGUGAUUUAAAUGUU